AAUCCCAUACUUUCCCCUUUUCAGACAAAGGUUCGGUGGAAAAAAAUUAGUCCGUUUAAACGUGUAAUGAAAAAAAUAUAGUGACGUGUGCCUGUGACGAUUCAAUGCUUAGGUGUAAAACCUAUUUUUAGAUUUUUGUUUUGGAUUUUCCUGGGUCAAACAAAUUGAAACAUUGAAAUUCGCGUUUUGUUUUAUCGAAUAACGAAAUCAUGAAUUUUGUUACCAGUGUGUUUAAAAAGUAUAUAAACAAGAAUGACACAAAGCAGUCUUCUCAGCACAUCCCGCCAGAAACAGCUAAAUGUACAAAUAAUGUAGAAGUCGGAAAAAGUAAUGGGAUUAAAAACACAGCUACGUCACAGAGUAAUUUAUUUUUUAGUCCUGCGCAAAAUCAUCCAAGAAUAUUUGAAGAGGAUGAACCGUUUGAAGACGCUCAGACGAAUUUUCAAAUGGCUAUCAAGGAACCACAAAUUGGAGGACCAACGAUCGAGUUUAGAAAAUCAAGCAGUAUCCAGCCAGAUUCAUUAAAUACGAGUAUGAUAGACAGUUUGGAAAUAGCUAUACCAGAGACAGUUGCGUCAAUCAAUAAUCUAGAAGACAGCAUAGAAAAGUCUGAAAAAGAUUUUUUUAAAUCUAAUGAAGAUUUUGAGGAAUAUAAAUCCCUUAGUCCUCUAGUACUUGAUCCACACCUUGUUUCUUUCUUAACACCAGUUUCUUUAAAUGAUAUCUUAAAGCCCAAAAAAUGUGAAUCUUUACAAUCAUCAUUAGAAGUAUUAAUCACACAAGUGAACAAGACUCUGGCAAUUGACGAUGGUAUGAGAACUAAAGAAAUCGUGGCUCCUAUGACGAAUAGUGAUGAAAAAUCACAGGAUAUAACUCAAGAAAAAAUCGAAGCUUCAGGACCUCAAUCUUUAGACGAUUUAUUGAACAAACUUGCUACUUGCUCCUUGAAAGAUAAAACUAAUGAGAUAUCAGAAAAAAUUAUUAAGAAAAUAGGAACCAUAGAAACUGUAAUAUUGGAUGAUUUAAAUAGAAGCCUCGAGGUUCAAUCUCAGCCUCGUAGUUCAUCACAGGAGCUUAUACUUCACAAUACUGCAGAAAUAAUAAAAGAAAGUGAAAUACAAAUAAACGCUAUAGAGAAACAAGAGAUGCAAAACUUUGAAGCCCCAAAACACGUUAAUAAUGACUCUGCAAAUACUAUAAGAGUAUUUUUCGAACAAAAUCAGAAGGAAGAAUUUAUAGAAAAAAAACCUAAUAAACCCAAGGAUAUUAAAUUGAAAGCAAAUAACCAGGAUACAUAUAUGGACCAAAUUACGAAUGAUUUCGUAAAGCUUGAAAGCUCAAAAUGUGAUGUAAUGUUUGGCAAGUCUAAAAUUGUCAUAACUGAGGAUAAAGAAAAUUCAAAUAAAGACAUGGCUAUUGAAAAAGGGGAAAGAAAACAACCAGUGCCAGACCAAAAGACUAUAUUAGAAAUAAGCCCAGAUAAUAUAUUAGAUAAAAUAGAACGUGCACAAUAUAUCGAGUCAAAGAAAACUCAGGAAAAGGUAGAAAAAAUAUGUGGAGUAUCAGGAAACCAAACUAACGAAAAAAAUUACAAUCGAAUACAUUCUUCUAUAAACAGAGAUUCGACAGAAGAUGACCUACAAGAUCUAAACGUUGCUAUUUACAAAAGACAGGAGACACUUGAAUUUGAAAGAUUAGAACAACAAUUUGCCGAAAAAUCAAAUGCACAAAAAAGUGAAGACAAAGAUAUUUUAGGUGUUACAUCAGAUACGGAAACAAAAUAUGAAAAAGUAGAACGAGAAGUAUCUAAAAAUUUAAAACAUUCAAUUAAUGGUAUAAUAAACGAUAUUAUUGAGGAAUCACAACAUAAAGUUAUUAAAAAACUCGCUCUUGAUGAAUUAGAAAGAAGUAAACCAAAACAAAUUGUUGUACCUCACAAAAAGUUAGAACAGCAGUUGACUGAAUAUUCUAGUGAAGAAGAAAAUAAGACCAAGAGGAAUGAUAUUAUAGAAAAAUUAGUAGCUGAUUGUAUAUCACCACAUACAGAAGUUCAACGAGACCAAGAAGGGACACUGGAUUUUAAUAAACAUUUGGAUGAGAUAUCAUUUAAAAAUAAACGUGAGAAUAUAUUGAGGGAUAUUUAUACGCGAAAUACAGAAGAGGGAAAAUUGAUUAAAGAGGGAUUAAUGGAACCGUCGAAGUUUAAUUUGCCAGCAAAGUCUUCAUAUAGUAUCCAAGAAAAUCCACAGUGUAAGAAAUUGGAACGCGAUGUUAACUUAAGUAAGGUCAAUGAUAUUUUAGAAGAAUUGGUGGCUGAAAGUGAAGGAAAUAUUAUUGAGUCGUCACAAAACAAUAAUAUCAAUUUAAUACAAGCAGCUCAAGUUGACCAACAUGGUAUUUACAAAAGGCAAGAAACUUUGGAGUUUGAGAAGCUAGAAAAAAAUAUUGAGGAUAGUUCCUGCCAUCAAAAAGUUAAUAAUUUUGAAGAAAUUGUGACAAAAUGUUGUCCGCGUUUAGAGACAAUGGAAUUUCAAAAUAUUUGUUUUGAAAAUACUAUUAACGAAUCACAAUUAUCUACAGAUGUUGAUUUUAAUAAAUCCCUUCAAGAAAAUUCAGACACAGUUCAGGAAAAAAAUAAUCAAGUAUCGUUAAAAAUGAGCAUUUCAUCUGAUGCAGAAGACGACAAAGAUAAAAUUACCAAGGUUAACAGUGUAGACGAAAUAAAAGCUGAGGAUUUACAUGUAGUCAGAAAAGUCCAAGGCGACCAAUAUGGGGUUUGUAAGAGGCAAGAAAUGCAGGAAUUUGAAAAAUUAGAACAGAAAUUGGAAGAUUAUUCUGUCAAUAAAAAAACUGAUAAAAUUGCGGGAAAAAGUUGUCCACUAUCGUAUAACAACCACAAUGAGGCAGGAAAUGUACUUAAUCAAGAAAAUAUAUUAUUUAUCAAUCAGAAAUCAUUUGAAAAUGCCGUAAAAAACAAUAAAGGUGACCAUCCCUCAAUGCCCUUUUCACACACAAAAGUUAAUAUAAAUGAGAAAGAUUUAUUAAACGACGUUUUAAUCGAUUCAAUACCUAAUCCACAAAUAGAGUCUUACAUAAAUAUAUCGCAACUCAUUAAUUCUUCAUCAAAACCAAAGCAGGACUCACCACGGAAAUUCCUAAAUAAAGUAGAGGUUCGUCCAAAUAUAAGACACAAAUCAAAGUCAAGUGUAUCAAUAGAUCUGGUCAAGCCUACAGAGCAAAAUGCUCAAAAUGAUGAAUUAGGAAGUGAAAUUAAUAUUUUAAAAGAGCACCUACAUUGUAUGAAGAAAAUGAACCGUAAUAGGAAACCAGAUUUAGAAAUAAAAAAUAACAAGGAUAUUAUCGAAAUAUACAGAAAACUUCUAGAAGAAUAUGAAAGCCAUAUUGCACAACAAACCAAAGACUUGGAACAAUUGAAAAUAGAAUCGGAAAUGAAUAUAAGGCAUUUUACAAAUACAGAAAUGGCUUUUUCAGAUGUCUUCGAGAAAUAUGAAAAAGCUAAGGGUGUCAUUGCAGCCUACAAGAGAAAUGAAGAAACCUUAUCAGAAAACUUGAAAAAUGCCGGAGAGCAAUUAUAUCAAUUAGAAGCUAAAUGUUCCACAAUGAAGAAACAAUCAAUGGAAUACAUACAAAGGGCCAAUGAGCAAAUUGAACAAGAAAAAAGAAAAUACAAUAUGGAUAUUGGGAAACUGCAUGCGCAAGUAAAGAGAUUAGAAAUUAAAGCGUCCUCAUUAGAAGUCGCAUUAAAACAAAAGACAGAUGAGUGUCAGGCUUUGGCAGCUUUAUGUGAUGAUAUUACGGGAAGAAGUAUUUCAUAAUCCUAGAAUUCGUCAAUCAUGUUCAACAUAGUUUAUUCUAUAUUUAUUAGGUCUAUUAUUGAUUAUAUUACCGUUAUUUUUUAAGGUUUUUACUAAUGUAUUAAAUUUUAAUUAUAUUUAGUAAAUUCGGUUAAUUUAUUUUUUUUUGCAGUUGCUUGACAAUAGUUGUAGGUGACAGUAGUACUAACAGAAAAUGUUUUAUUAAAUAGGUAUUGCAUAAGAAAUAAAAUAUACUUAUUAUUGGCAAAUA